CCCCCAACCGGUGGAGGUGUCCCUACCUCUGAGGGACCGGGAUUCUCUCCUGCUGGGGGUAGUGUGCCUGCCAGUGCAUCAACCCCUCUCACAGUCUCCGCGCCUCCAUUCGAGUCUCCAUUUGCGCCUAUGGUCGUGACGCAAGCCUGUCCACCAUGUCCCGCUCCUGCCGCACCAACCUGCGCACCCUGUCCUGCUCCUGGCACGAGUACUGCUACUUUCACCGUCACCGUUACUGAAACAGUUUGCCAUGGUUCUCAGAUUGUUCAAGGAGCGGGUGGCCCCACCGCAUCUCCAGGUGUUCCCGCCAUUUCACCUCCAUUCACUGCAACGAGUCCUGGCGCCCUAGCCCCGACAGCCGCAGGGCCAGGCGCUCCACAAGGUCCAACCGCGACAGGAACACACAUUUCGAGUGCCCCUCAGGCUCCUGGCGGAGCCGCUGGUGCAACUGCGGGACCUUCAACUCAGCCAGCGACUUCGGCUACUGGGGCUCCCGGUGUACCGCAGAGUCCCGGAGGCGGAGCCGCAGCCGCAGGACCUGCAACAAGUCUGCCGGUGACUUCAGCUACUGGGGCUCCCGGUGUACCGCAGAGUCCUGGAGGUGGAGCCGCAGCCGCAGGACCUGCAACAAGUCUGCCGGUGACUUCAGCUACCGGGGUUCCUAACAUCCCGCACGGUCCUGGAGGAGGCCCAAUUGGAUUCCCCAACACUACUUCAACCCACGUUGUAGCUACAACUACAGAAACCAUUGUUUCAACUGCCAUUGUUUCAACUGUUCUGCCUACUAACGUGGGUGGAGCCGCAACAUCAGGCGCUGUUCAAACUUCCAGGCCUGCUGUGACUACAGGAACCAGUUUCGCAAACGUCACACGCACUACUGGCGGCGGACCAACUGGAUUGCCGAGUGUGACCUUGACCCCUGCCGUACCUACAGGCCCUGGCAUCUCUAAUGUUACUGGUCCUGUUGGGGGAGGCGUGUCCGUCUCAACUCCUACUAGCGCUACCCUCUCUGCCACACCGACCAGACCAGGCGGAACAGCACCACCAGGUGGAGGUGUGCCUGUCUCAACUCCUACUACCCCUACAAGCCCUGCUACACCGACCAGACCAGGCGGAACAGCACCGCCAGGCGGAGGUGUGCCCAUCUCAACUCCUACUACCCCUACAAGCCCUGCUACACCGACCAGACCAGGCGGAACAGCACCACCAGGCGGAGGUGUAUCGAUCUCAACUCCUACUAUUGCUACAAGCUUUGCCACGCUGACCGGGCCGGGCGGAGCGGCACCGCCAGGCGGAGGUGUGCCUGUCUCAACCCCUACUAUUGCUACUAGCCUCGCCACGGCUACUGGACCAGGCGGAGCAGUACCACCAACCAGAGCAACACCACUAGGCGGAGGUGUAUCGAUCUCAACUCCUACUAUUGCUACAAGCUUUGCCACGCUGACCGGGCCGGGCGGAGCGGCAUCAUCAGUUGGAACAGUAGUACCAGGAACAGCAGCAACACCAGGUGGAACAGCAGCACCUGGCGGAGGAGCAGCAGGUGGUGGAACAUCAUUACCUGGUGAAGCAGCAGCAGGCGGAGUAUCAUUAGCUGGCGGAGCACCAGCACCUGGCGGAGUACCAGCAGCAGCGCCAGGUGGAACAACAACACCUGGUGGAGGAGCAGCAGGUGGCGGAGCAUCAUCACCAGGCGGGGCACCAGCAGCAGGUGGAGGAGCAGCACCUGGCGGAACUUCAUCACCAGACGGAGCACCAGCAGGCGGAGCACCAGCAACAGGUGGAGCAGCAGCAGCAGGUGGAGGAGUCCCAACAGUUGUAAUACCUGGCGGAAGUACCACUGCGACCUCUACUGCCACCUCUACUACCACCAUCCAAGUCAUCCAAACGUUAUCCGUUCUUCCUAGCCGCCCUCCCCCUCCGCAAACACAGGGGAAUACGGCUACACGUCCGGUAACCACGAGCACAGUGACCGGAGCAAGGACACCGCAGCCCACUCCCGCUAUUGAUCCAAAGAAGCGGACAGUGGCAGAAAAGACAGACAUCGCCCGGCCUGAUAAGCUCAAGGCGAAACCUAUCGUGUUCCGCCGUCGGACUUGAAAAUGUCCAUCUUAAAUUACGAUCUCAUCACCAUACUUUAGUUUGAGAGGAAAAUGAGUCCCAAGUCAUAAGUGGGACUGUCUGUUCCUUUCUUAGUGCGCGUCCAUCCGGUCUGCUUUGUCCUAGUCAGAUUAUACAGGCUUUCGGUUA